AUGGCUUUGUCUUCUUCUCGUCACAUCCUGUUGCUGAGCUUUUUGCUGUCAUGUUAUGUUCCACUCGGCCUUGCUCGCAGACAUUGGCCUGUGGGAGGAUCCACCAGGUUCUACGACUUCAAGGUGCAAACGACGAGGGUCACGAAGCUGUGCAAGACCAAGGACAUCGUCACCGUCAAUGGUAUGUUCCCCGGCCCGGUCAUUUACGCCCAGGAAGAUGAUCGGAUCAUCGUCAAGGUCACGAACGAGAGCCCGCACAACGCCACCAUCCACUGGCAUGGAGUGCGGCAGAGGUUGUCGUGCUGGGCGGACGGGCCGUCCUACAUCACCCAAUGCCCGAUCCAGGCUGGGCAGAGCUUCACCUACGAGUUCACCCUGUUCCAGCAGAAGGGGACGCUGUUCUGGCACGCGCAUAUCUCAUGGCUCCGCGCCACCGUCAACGGCGCCAUCGUCAUCUACCCCAAGACCAGCGUCCCCUACCCCUUUCCCUACCCUUACGAGGAGCACGUCCUCAUCUUUGGGGAAUACUGGCACAAGGAUAUGCUGCAGCUGGAGAAAGAGGUGGUCGCCAGCGGCGGCGGCCCUCCACCUGCGGAGGCGUACCUCAUCAACAGCCACCCUGGGCCGCGUUACAACUGCUCGGCUACUGAUGUGUACAAGAUCGACGUCGUCCCCGGCAAGACGUACCUGCUGCGGCUGAUAAGCGCGUCCCUGAACAUGGAGCACUUCUUCGCCAUCGCCGGCCACAAGCUGACCAUCGUGGAGGCCGACGCCGAGUACACCAAGCCCUUCACCGUCGACCGCCUCAUGAUCACUCCGGGGCAGACCAUCAACGUCCUCGUCAAGGCCGACCAGCCCAUCGACCGGUACGACAUGGCGAUGGGGCCGUACAUGUCCGCCCAGAACGUCACCUUCCAAAACAUCUCCGCCAUUGCCCACUUCCAGUACACCGGAGCCACGCUCGACGACCUCAGCCUCCCCGCCCAGCUCCCCGUCUACAACGACAACCUCGUCGUCAACACCAACCUGCACAUGCUCCGGAGCCUCAACGCCACCAACCUCCCCUCCGAGAUCGACGCCAACCUCUUCUUCACCGUCGGCUUGAACGUGGAGGAAUGCCACUCGUCCAACCCCAACAAGAGCUGCCAGGGACCCAGCGGCGGCGUCUUCGCGGCGUCGAUGAACAACGUCAGUUUCGUCAAGCCUAACAUCUCGCUCCUCCAGGCCUACUACAACAACAUCAAUGGUCUGUACACGGACGACUUUCCCGGCGUGCCGAUCAAGACCUACGACUUCGUCAAUGGCGCGCCCAACAAUAUCCCCAACGACACCCAGUCCCUGAUCGGGACCAAAGUGAAGGUCCUCGAGUACGGGAGCAGGGUGCAGCUCAUCUUGCAGAACACCGGCACCGUGACGACCGAGAACCACCCUAUCCAUCUCCAUGGCUACAACUUCUAUGUUGUGGGCUACGGAACAGGGAACUACAACCCCAUGGGUGCGAAGCUCAACCUGGUUGAUCCGCCAUACAUGAACACCAUCGGAGUGCCGGUCGGAGGAUGGGCCGCCAUCCGGUUCGUCGCCGACAAUCCAGGUGUGUGGUUCAUGCACUGCCAUUUUGAUGUGCACCUGACCUGGGGCCUGUCGAUGGCGUUCAUCGUGAAGAACGGCGAGGGGCCCCUGGAGACUCUUCCCCAUCCUCCGGCCGACUUGCCUAGGUGUUGAUCUGCCACUUGGAAUCAUCAUCACCAACUGCUGUGCUGUGCAUCUGCUCAUGUGUUCUGAUGUGUCAUACCUCGAAAGCACUUUGAUUUCAUUCUUUCAAGCAGCUUCCGUCCAUGUGAAGUUUUCCCCAAAUCUAAAA